AUGGGUCACAGUGUGCGAAAUCUGUCAGAGCUGCAGCGGGAGGUGAGCCAGCUGGAUAGCCGCUACACAUUGGAGAAGGUAAUUGGCGCCGGCUCGUACGGGAUGGUGAUACGUGCGCGUGACAUGCUCAAUAACAAUGAGCUCGUAGCGAUUAAGCGCGUCAACAAGGAGAUAUUUGAGGAGAUGAUUCUCACGAAGCGCAUCUUGCGUGAGAUCAAACUUCUCGGCCACUUCAACGACGAGAACAUCAUUGGUCUGCGGAACAUUCUCACCCCGCUCGACCGCGACUCGUACGACCACUUAUACAUUGUCAUGGAGAUCAUGGAGACAGACCUGAAGCAGGUGCUGCGCACCGGACAGGUGCUGACGGAGGCGCACAUCCAGUUCUUCAUCUACCAGAUCCUGCACGCGCUAAAGGUGAUCCACGCCGCUGGCGUCAUUCACCGCGACAUCACCCCUGCGAACAUUCUAGUCAACCAGAACUGCGACCUGAAGCUAUGCGACUUCGGCCUUGCGAAGGAGGAGAACGACCAGGGCGAGUACAUGACGGACUACGUGACGAUGCGCUGGUACCGCGCCCCGGAGCUCGUCAUGGAGGACCGCAACUACUCGGCGCAGAUCGACGUAUGGGGUGUCGGCAGCAUUCUCGGCGAGCUGCUCGGCUCGCGCCCGCUGUUCCAAGGCAAGGACCGUGUGAACCAGCUCGACAAGAUCAUCGAGGUCAUCGGCACGCCGUCGGAGGAGGACAUCAACUCCGUCGGCUCCCUCGCGGCGCAGAAGUACCUCAAGAAGAAGUCGACCCGCGCGCCGCCGGACUGGCGCGCAAAGUAUCCGAAGGCAUCCGACGACGCCCUUGACCUGUUGCAGCGCAUGCUCGUGUUCCACCCCGACAAGCGCAUCACCGUCGAUCAGGCGCUGCGGCACCCGUUCCUCGCAGACCUCUACGACGAGCGUGACGAGAACCUCAGCAUUGCACUCUUCAGCUUCGACGAGCAGGAGCAGAAAUCGGUGCAGGAUGUCAAGCGGGCGGUGUAUGAUGAGAGUGUGAGGUUCCACAGUGAGUAUCCCGCGACGGCUCCACACAACCAGCAGGUUCAGCAGGGCUGUACAGGUGGCUCGUCACUCCCAUCGAUGGACAUCACUGGUGAGGGCCGCUCCGCGCAGCAGACCAUCGAGAAGGAUGAGUCAAUUGAAGCAAAUAAUGGUUGCUUCGAUGAAGUUUUAGCGUCAGCAGCGGGGCCGCUGUAG